AUGCAGAAUAGGGUUGUACAGAUGGAAGAAGGAAAAGAAAAUGGAAUCUUGGUUAGAACAGGACAGUACAAGUCAUUUCCUCCUAAACUGCUACUUGUGCUAGGGGUUUUUCUUGCUUUCUCUGUUGCUGUAUUCAUCAUUAGUGUAUCUACAAUCAAGUAUAGUGGAUUACAAAAUGUAGUAACCACGGUCACUUCGAGCUUUGUGCCAUGCCGCGAGGAGGAACGUAAUGGUUUGAGUAGAUGGAUACAGCCUCCUGCGGUUCUGAUGCAUAACAUGAGCGACGAAGAGCUCCUUUGGCGUGCUUCUUUCUGGCCUCGGAGAAAAGAAUAUCCGUUUAAAAGGGUUCCAAAGAUUGCGUUUAUGUUCUUGACUAAAGGACCCUUGCCGCUUGCUCCUCUCUGGGAGAGGCUUCUCAGGGGUCACAAAGGGCUUUACUCGGUUUACAUUCAUCCUCACCCUUCUUUUACAGCCAAGUUUCCAGUUAACUCUGUUUUCCACGGGAGGCAGAUACCGAGUCAGGUUGCAGAAUGGGGGAGAAUGUCCAUGUGUGAUGCAGAGAAGCGGCUUCUCGCCAAUGCGCUAUUGGAUAUCUCAAACGAACGGUUUGUUCUCGUCUCAGAGUCAUGCAUUCCACUCUUCAACUUCACAACCAUCUACAACUACUUGACCCAAUCAAAACACAGCUUCAUGGGUGCUUUUGAUGACCCUGGACCUUUUGGGCGUGGCCGCUACAACCAGAACAUGGAACCUGAAGUUCCCAUCACCAAAUGGCGAAAAGGGUCUCAAUGGUUUGAGAUUAACCGGGACCUCGCAGCUACCAUUGUCGAAGACACCUUGUAUUACCCGAAAUUCAAAGAGUUUUGCAGGCCUGCUUGCUAUGUCGACGAGCAUUAUUUCCCGACCAUGUUGACAAUCGAGAAACCAGCGGUCUUGGCUAACCGGAGCUUGACAUGGGUAGACUGGUCGAGAGGCGGCCCCCACCCAGCUACCUUUGGGAGAUCAGACAUCACAGAGAAGUUCUUUGAAAAGAUCUUCAAUGGAAGAGACUGCAUUUACAACGGUCGCAAGACUUCCAUGUGCUAUCUCUUUGCAAGGAAGUUUGCUCCGAGCGCUUUGGAGCCUCUGCUUCACAUUGCUCCUAAGGUUCUGGGAUUUUGA